CUCUCUCAACUUGGUUCAUGCGCCAAAGAGUGUGCAUAUAGUGGGGGAUCACAAUGGGAGUAUGUGGCUUCUUAAGAAUUCAAAGGAUAUGGUUUUCUUCUACAUUUUCGUACCAAAAAUUGAUUUUCUCUAUUGCGACCAAAGGUUAAGUGUGUUUAGUUUUUUUAAAAAAAUAGGGGCAUUUUGGUCACUCACUUUGAGUAAGCCAAGGGGCACAUGGCCGGCCUUUUAUUAAUCCGUCGUCCACUCUGCGACCCAUCAAGUCGUUUUCCGCUCAAGAAUGAGGUAUCCUCCUCUCCAAACACAUUUCUAGAUUCUCCAUUAACCAUUUCCCUAUCGCUGUACUUAUAACCCCCCAGACGUGAAACGAUUCCAGUCUUUCCUCUUAGACCUUGCUAAUGGAGCGUCUUGGCAUGCCAAUCUCUUUUCAGCCUCCCAAGGUCACAGAAACCCCAGCUACAGGCUUUUUUGCGCCACCCAUGACAACCAAAACCACCAGAAGUGGUAUUUUCAGGCAACCUAGCUCCACCAUAACCGCCGUUAAUGGCUUUUCCCAGCUGCCGAUCUUCACCAAAUCUCACGGUAAUGGCUUUCUUCGAACACCUGUGUUCGGCCCGACUGCCAACUCAUCGAAAAUACGAAAGCCGUCGAGAAGAAUUCCUAGAGUUCUUUGUCGUGUAGACAAGAGCUUUCUUAACAUGAAACCCGGACCAUGCCGCGAUCUCAUAGACAUGUCCCUGCAUUGGGGCGAUGGUUCCAGCCAAAUGAAAACUGAUGUGGUGAUCCUAGGAGCUGGCCCAGCCGGCCUUUCUCUUGCUGAGAAGGUGUCGGCGAGUGGUGUUCGGGUUGUAUGUAUUGACCCCUCACCCCUUGCAGUUUGGCCCAAUAACUAUGGUGUUUGGGUCGAUGAGUUUUCACCCUUGGGCUUGGAAGAUUGCCUUGACCAUGUGUGGCCCCUCGCGUCUGUUCUUUUGGAUGAUCAGAAAGUCAAAUAUUUAGAUCGCCCCUAUGCCCGGGUUAGCCGCAAUGCCUUGAAGAGGAGGCUCCUUGAGGGGUGUGUAACAAAUGGUGUCAAUUUUCUUAGAGCCAAGGCUUGGAGGGUGGAGCAUCAAGAGUUCUCCUCCUUAGUGAAUUGUGAUGAUGGUAGUGCCAUCAAGGGGAGUUUGGUUGUAGAUGCCACUGGUUUCAAAACUCCUUUCAUGGAAUAUCCUAAGAAUAGGAAUCAUGGGUACCAAAUUGCUCAUGGAAUCUUGGCUGAGGUUGAGGGGCACCCAUUUGACCUAGACAAGAUGGUGUUGAUGGAUUGGAGGGACUCUCACAUGGGAAAUGAACCCUACUUAAGGGAAGGUAACAGGAGGCUGCCUACAUUUCUCUAUGCCAUGCCCUUAGGGCCCAACUUAAUAUUUUUGGAGGAGACAUCAUUAGUGAGUAGGCCUAUAUUAUCAUACCUGGAGAUUAAGAAGAGGAUGGUGGCUAGGCUAAGGCACUUGGGUAUUGUAGUGAAAGAAGUACUAGAAGAUGAGAAGUGUGUCAUCCCAAUGGGAGGCCGACUUCCUAUAAUCCCCCAAAAUGUGGUUGGAAUGGGUGGAAAUGCAGGGCUAGUGCAUCCUUCAACUGGGUAUACAGUGGCUAGAAGUUUGGCUGUUGCCCCAAUUUUAGCAGAUUCAAUAGUGGAUUGCUUGGGUUCAACUAGGAUGAUAAGGGGAAGGCAGCUUCAUUCUAGGAUUUGGAAUGCCUUGUGGCCCUUGGAUCAGAGAAUGGUUAGAGAGUACUUCUCUUUUGGGAUGGAGACUUUGUUAAAGCUAGAUCUGGAGGGUACUAGGAGGUUUUUUGAUGCGUUCUUUGAUUUGGAUCCAUACCACUGGCAUGGAUUUCUAUCAUCUAGGUUAUCUCUUUCAGAGCUUGCCAUGUUGAGCCUAAAUUUGUUUGGGAAUGCAUCUAAUCCCUCUAGGCUUGAUAUAGUUACCAAGUGCCCUUGGCCCUUGUGCAAAAUGUUAAGGAAUAUUGCGUUAGAAAUGGUGUAGAUGAAGUUUUGUGAUGGCACUUUCAUGUGUAUUGGAUCACAUUACUUAGUUGAUAUGGGACCCUUGCAAACUUAACCUUA